GAGAGGGAGAGAGGGGAAGGAAAAGCCAACCUCCCUCCUGUAGAUCCAUCAGUGAGCAGGCAGGGAGACGAAUGCAGCUUACCCAUCCAUCCAUCCAUCUCUCCAUCCACCCAUUCAUCCCCAAGGGCGUCACAAGGGGUGACAAGACCCGAGCGAAGGACGCAUACAUGCAUGCGUGUGUAUGCGUGUGCCCUCCGUGUAUGUGCGUCUGCUCUGCUCGUGGAUCCGCUGACAUGAGGAGCUGAAACAGAACCGACAGGAGGAUGAAAAUGCUCCGGUUUCGCAGCCCCAGCAUCCGCUCCUUGGACCAGGAGGUCCUGUGCACGAUCCGGUUACUGGACGACUCCGAGAUCUCCUGCAGCAUCCAGAGAGACACCAAAGGCCAGUUCCUGUUGGACCAUGUGUGCAACCACUACAACCUACUCGAGAAAGACUACUUUGGUAUUCGAUAUGUGGACCCUGAGAAACAGAGGCACUGGCUGGAGCCCAAUAAGCCCGUGGUGAGGCAGAUGAAGUCUCAGCAGCCGUACAUGAUGUGCUUCCGGGUCAAGUUUUAUCCCAGCGAGCCGAUGAAAAUCAAGGAGGAGCUCACCAGGUAUCUCCUGUACCUCCAACUGAAGAGAGAUAUCUACCAUGGUCGUCUGCUCUGUCCUUUUGCUGAAGCUGCAUAUCUGGGAGCUUGCAUCGUACAGGCCGAGCUCGGGGACUACGACCCAGAGGAGCACCCAUCAGACUACAUCAGAGACUUCAAGCUGUUCCCUAAACAAUCCCUCAAACUGGAACGCAAGAUUAUAGAAAUACACAAGAACGAGCUGCGUGGUCAGUGUGCUGCAUUAGCAGAGCUCAACAUGCUCCAAAGGGCUCACAGCCUUGAAACCUAUGGAGUUGACCCUCACCCGUGCAAGGAUUUCACAGGUUCCACAGCCUUUCUCGGGUUCACAGCCACAGGGUUUGUGGUCUUCCAGGGAAACAAGAGGAUCCACCUCCUCAAAUGGAAUGAUGUUAGCAAGCUGAAGUUUGAGGGAAAAACCUUUUACGUCAUCGGGAUCCAGAAAGAGAAGAAACUGGUGUUGACAUUUCACACCUCGACCCCUGCAGCAUGUAAACACCUAUGGAAGUGCGGGGUGGAGAACCAAGCCUUUUACAAGUGUGCGAAGUCAAGUCAGAUAAAGACAGUUUGUAGCAGUAACAUCUUCUUCAAAGGCAGCAGGUUCAGAUACAGCGGAAGAGUAGCCAAGGAGGUGAUUGAAGCCAGCUCUAAGAUUCAGAGAGAGCCUCCAGAGGUGUGCAGAGCCCGCUUUGGUCAGAGUCGAAGUUUCAACUCUCUGAGUCAUAAAAACCUCAUCAUGAACAUGGAGCCGCUGGUACCUGCACUUCCCUCCACCAACGAGUAUGAAGAGACAGCCACAGACAAUGGUGCUGUUUCUGUGAAGGACUCUGUCCCCCUGUCUCCUCUCAAACCUACAGCUGCACCUGCAGAUGCAGAGCAACAAGGCACCGAAGGAGCAAACCUCACUGUGGGUAGUGACCUGCAGCCUCCUCAUGUUUCCAUGGAAACUUCAAAUCUCCGACCUCAGACCCCCAAAGCCGAAGAUGAAGUGGAGGAAGAUGACGAAUCCAGUGGUCCACUCACCAUUUCUGAGCUUGUCUACAGUCCCUGUGCCAGCAUGCUGCCCACCCCAGUGGACAUCAGUCAGGGAGGCGUCGACUUGCUCUUCUCCUCUCCAGUCCAGAGCCCUGCCAGGCUGCUGAGGGAGCUCCAUGCUGACCCUGACAUCCAGGCCCAGCUGGAGGCUGAGAGGGAGCGAGACCGGGCCUAUGAACGCACCCGUCUGGCUGCAAGAGGUCAAAUCGGCGGAGUCCUGAGCAGCAGCUUGCGUCUGCUCUCGUCCAAUGAGAGAGUAAACGCAUAUGUGCUGAGCGUGGCCCGCUUCGUUGCCAUGAUAAUGGGCGUGCUGCUCGUUACUGUUCCCACACUGCUGCUACUGCUGGAGUCAGACAUCGACGUGUCGUUCCUCCAUGAGAUCCGCCAGACGCCAGAGUUUGAGCAGUUUCACUACGAGUAUUACUGCCCGCUUCGGCGCUGGAUCCUUUGUAGGAUCAACAUGGCCAUGGAGAACCUCUGGUCAGAUUGAAGAGGAAAAGAAGCGUAAGGAAAAGGAGAGAGUGAGGAGUCACAAACAAAUAUGCCCAAAUGUCUGUCUUAACAUGUAAUUUCAUCUUAUAUUCAGUCUUAACAAGUGGUAUCUCUUGAGACAAAUGAACCAGUCUGCCGAUGGGAGGAAACAAUUUCACUUGUUUAAGAACAAGUCCAGUUCAUUUCCAGCGGGUGCGAUGGAGCAUUCACCAAAAGGAAGUAGGUUUUAUCAAAGAGAAACACUGUCAGGGUUCCCAAAAUGAGGAUGUCUCUUUGUACAACAUUACGAUUAAUUUACACUGAAACAAAUAGAUUUGUUUCACCUCUUUGGCAGCACUAUUUACGGUCUUGGAAAAAAAAAGAGAGAAAUGAGAUUUUAAACAUAGGAUCCAGUCACUUGUUAAGAUAGACACAUUCGGCAGUGAUGAACUGGAGAGAAAGAGAACAAGAAAUGCUGUAAGUGCUUGGAAAUGAGAGAUUCAUGAAAAUAAAAAAAAAUUGAGGGAAGACAGAGAAAAAGUCAGAAAAAGAUUCCAAAAAGAAAAGAAGUGGUUGGUUUAGUUUUAAUAGACGUUUUAAAGGUCGGCUCACUCCUGAUGCUGACAAGAUGAUUCAGUGACUUGGUGUGGUAAAAAUCACCAACAGAUCUGAUUGGUUCUCACUAUUGGAGAAGAGCACCUGAUUGGUCACCGAACCUGUCAGUCAUGACGGAGCCAGUGGGCACAGAGAGAGAAUUGACUGAUUGGUCACUGAGCAUAACAAUAGCCACAGUCAGAGGUACAUAUAUAUUUAAAAACAAGAGAGAGAAAUUGAUAAUUAAUACCAAUCUUAAAUAAGUUGUUUUUAACCUUUUGUACAUUUUUAUGUGAUCCAGAACUUUCAGGAAUUUUUCAGUCAGAGGAUCUACUUUGAGCUUAUUUUGAAAUUAAGAGUUUACAAAAGAUUACAAAAAAAAAGCUAAUUUAUUGAAGUUUAUCGGGGUGAUGGGUGUUGAGAAAAAUUUAAGCUAUUUUUUAAGACUACCGUCGGCGUUUGUUGACCUGGUAGUACCCUGGGUUUUUCCUACAGAGACUAUAGCACAAAUCUUUUACACAGACCACAAAUUACAACUGUUUCAGAUUAUGUGAUGUCAUUUUGAAAUAACGGAGGGCAGCAGAAGAGAAACGUCAGUCUGUUUGUGAUGAUAAAACUUGUGUGUUUUGUUGAACUCCUACACGUCUUCUGAACUAAAUGUUAGCUCACUAGUUGAGGCUACUGGUGUGUCUUUCAGUGUGCAUGAAGAAGGUUUUAACAUGAAAAGUAUUGGGAAGGAAAGGUUGCUGUGGGGUAUGGUGUUGUUAUACUGGGUAAAACUUUUGGCCUCAUGGGUCAUUUGUUGGUUGGUGCGGAGCUCUGUGUAUGUUUCAGUGGGAUUUAAAGUGAUACGAUGGUGCACUCGAAACAGGUGGAGCAGGUGUGUAUGCUACACUGGUGGCAUGUGACACAUGUGUGACACAGGGGAUGCAUUCAGUUGUCUAAAUCAUCCGUUCAUUCUUCUGCCGUUGAUGCUGAUCAAGCUUAACGAACGCAGUUGCAGGCAUUUAAAUUACAGAAGCAGCUCAGCAUUUAUGUCGCCAAGUCCAAUUAGAAAUGAUUUGUAGCCGUUUCUAAGAGGAUCUGUGAUAAGGCGUUGUUGAGCAUCCUGUGUUUAUCAUUUAAAUGACUGCUAGCUGGUUACACUCUUAAGCAGUGUACAUGACAGUUAUAUGCUCAUUUUAGGAACUGUAGGGGCGAGAUGUUCAAGAGUGAAUCUUGAGAAAUAUGAUUCUUGCUUGAGUUGAUGAGCAUUCACUGCUGAUAUGGUUGUGGUUCCCAAAAAGUCUGGAGCCAUAGUUGAACAAUACUUGGGUUAAAACUGAGCAGAGAUUAAAAAACAAUUUAAAAAUAGAGGAAUGAGUAGUUGAUUGUGGCUUUGCUCCAAGAGUGUCCAGAUGGGUUGGUCUUAGAAAUACAAAAAGGAGGUUAAACAAUGUAAACUUGCAAUGUAAACAAUGUAAACUACAGAUGAGAAAUGCAUUAGCGACUUUUGGGAACUUAACAGCCAUCAACAUGCGAUUGUUCAUCAUACAAAGAGUGCCUGUCUGUUAUAAUGUAGUGGCUCUGAAUGGAGAGGGGAACAGAGAGGUACAGCAAUGAGAAAUGACUUCAGGUCAAAAAAAAAAAAAAAAAACAAACAAAAAAAACCAACAACAAUAAAAAACCCAUAAAAAAAUUCUAUUCAAAAUGUAGUUUGAUUUGGAUCAACUUCUCAGGAAUGGGCAUUAGCAGUUUAUGUUCAUAUAUGUCAAGAAAAUACCCCCCAAAAAAAAUUGCACAGCAGACACCAUAUAGUUAAUCCAUUAGAAUCAUAUAUGUCAUGCUAUUAUGAAUAUCCAAACACGGUAUGUAUUUAUACCAAGUCUGUAGCCAGACAUAAAUAUGGCUGCAGACUGUCUGUGUUGUUGUAGCCUCAUUUCACUCAACUCAACAUAUGCAUCCAUGUCAUUUGUCAUUAUAACAAAAAUAUUACCCAAAUAGUCUCUGCUGUUGAGAGCCUUCGCACAGCAUUUCGGUUGUUACCGAGAACUGAACUCAUGGUGUGAAUUUUAUUUUCAGAUAUCACUCUUUGUACUCUUUGGCUGCUCCAGAGGCUUCUGCAGCGCUCAUCGCCAUCAAAACCCUGUCCUUAUAAUCAGUCAAAUGUUGCUGCCUCAUAUUACCAGCUGUGUAACUCUGUAUAUUUUAUGCAUUACGUUUAUACAUAUAUAAAAAAAAAUAUGCAGUAACAACAGAAACACGCUUAUUUGGAACAAAGCAUUUAUUUUCCUACUACAGUACAUGCACUGAGUUUCGAUGUUGAAACCGAGCGAAGGGCCAAACCACUAUGAUGACAACGUUUGCAUUUAACAUCACGGACUCUGAGAUUUAAAAAAACAAAAACAGUUUCACUGUAGUGGUUGAAGCUGUUUUGUAUGCACUGCUGAAUGAUCACCAUUUUCCCAUGAUAAUCUAACAAAGGCGAGGUGUCAUCAUAUCAUGAUCCUGUCUCCAUGUGUAGUGUUUUGCUCUUUCACAUGCACCAAAACGCUCAAGCUCAAGAUUCACUGUAGAUCUAAAAUAGAAAUACUCUGUAUAGGCUUCAUGUACACAGCUGUUUAUUUCUGUGCUUCAUCCUCCUCUUAACUAACCCAGGGUGUCUCUCACUCUCCUCCUUUUGCUGACCUCUCAGUGCAAAUCGCAUGACCUCAUCUGUAAAUACUGUGUUAAUAGUAAAAAAUAGAAGGAAAAAAAAAA